AUGUCAACACCCUCACGAUACGGCACCUCUGUUCAAUCAUCAGAUGAAGGUGGCCUCUCAGCAACCAUUGAUUCCUAUCAUGCCGAUGAUAGAAUCAGUGUAGAAAGUGCUCCGAAGAGACAAAGCCACGAAAACAAAUCGAAUAAUCAGGCGCACACCUAUGGAUCAUUUGUUGCGUAUUGUUUUUGCGUGAAUUAUAUUCUUGGAGUAGGAGUGUUGGGUGUUCCUAAUGGUUUUCAAAAGGGAGGAACUAUUAUUGGACCAGUUUUCUUAUUGAUUGUGACGAUAUUUGCUGCAUUGGUGUUGAAUUGGAUAUUGGAAACUCUGUGUAGAGCAACACCUUUCUUUAAGGAACAAGAAGAAGAAUCGAAACAUCUUCAAGAUGAGGACGUUUUGAGAUUGGAUGCCAGUAAUAAUUUAAUUGAAAUUGGUGAGGAGAAGGAUUUGUUUCAUUUUCCUGAACGUCGUUAUGAAAUGAAUGAAUUGUGUAGAUUGUUUUUGGGAAGAUUUGGCAAAAUUAUUUAUGAUAUUGCAUUGUGCUUUUACUUGUAUGGAUCAUUGUGGAGUUAUUCAACUGUUUUUGCUGAAAGUAUGGCUUCACACGUUCCAUUGCCAAUUAAUGGAUGGUACACUUGUAAUGUGAAUUCGGAUAAUUCAGUUUCAUGUGAUAUUUUGUAUAAGAUUUAUGUUGGUAUUUAUGCACUUGUUGUCAUUCCAAUGACAUGUCUCAAUUUGACUGAACAAAAACCGGUUCAAAUUAUCUUGACCAUUUUCAGAUAUGUUGCUUUGGCUUUAAUGAUUGUUGUUUCAUUCGUUUCAAUUUUUGUUGAUCCAUACUCUAGAUAUCCAUCUAAUCCUCACACUGCCAUGGAAAGACAUCCACCCUAUGUUUCUAAAACAAGUUUAGCAUCAGGUGAUGGAUUAUUUGUCUUACUUCCAAUUUGCAUUUAUGCUCAAAUUUUGCAUCACUCAGUUCCAGGGUUGAGUGAACCUGUGAGAAAUAAGAAACACUUGCCAGCAAUUUUCACCUCAACAUUUAUUACAACCUACUUGUUUUAUACCUUAUUGGGUGUCACACUUGCUGUAUAUUAUGGUGAAAAUAUUCAAGCUCCUUGCUCUCUCAAUUUUGGAUACUACAGAGGUGGUAAGCCAUUUGGUAUGAGCACACCAAUUUGGGCUGAAUUUAUUAUCUAUCUCAUUAUUUUAUUCCCUGCUAUUGAUGUCUUGUCUGCAUUCCCAUUGGUAAGUUAUUAG